UGUGUGUAGUUGAGUUAAAUAAUUAUACCGUAAAUUAUGAUGGAUAAUGAUUUAAUGUUUUAAUUUUUCAAUAGUAAAGUGUUAACACUUUAUUUACUUGUUUAAAUCUAAUAUGGAAAUAAGGUACUAUUCAGAAUAACAGGAAGAAAUGCUGUCUUGUUAACAUUAAUCAUGCCGAUAGCAGAAUAUUCAGGUUGGUUGUUUGGAGGUUAUGUUGGCUUAGCUCUUGUUGCAGUAGCAGUCGUGUUUUAUUAUAAAAACUGGAACUCUCCUGUACUCGAAAACUCUCGGCACACAAAUAGACGAAGUACAUACAUUCAGACAUCAACACCUGUCUCAAAUGGCUAUGCCCAAACUAACAACAAUUUCCGAAAUAAAAACAAGAUAACUUAUAGUAGAAAUGAUAAAAUCCGUUUGACCAAUAGUACAGCUUCCAUUUACAAAGGAAAAUUUGAAGAGAAAGUCGUUGUUGCUGUGAAGAGAGUAAGAAUUCGUCGUAAUGACACUGAACAAAUUAAUACAGACCUUGCAAGUCUCGGAGAAAGAUUAAGACGUGUUGUUGAUAUUAAUCAUGACAUCAUUACAGAAGGCUCCGUUGCAAACAUUGUCAGGUUUUUUUGUUACGAGUUCGAGAUUGGCCAAAGUAGGUCAUACUUACUUCUGGCAUUAGAAUUGUGCGACUGUAAUCUGGAGGAAUACAUUCAAUCCCGGCACAAUUACCCACCAAUAUCAAACAACGAGAUAAUCUCUCAGAUAUUAUUUGGAUUACAGUACUUACAUUCGCGUCAAAUAGUCCAUCGUGAUCUCAAACCAACAAAUAUUCUCCUAAAACAAAGAGGAAAUGGUGAGCUUCUCUUUAAAUUAUCUGACUUUGGCUUGUCAAAAUUAAAUACUCAAACAGAAAAUGGACUUCCGACAGAAGAAUGUCCGCUUAGCGAUGAGUACGGAACUGUGGAUUGGAUACCCCCAGAGAUAUAUGCCUUGCGUAGACCUGGGCUCCCCGAUUUGGAGAAAAGUUACUGGCAAAGAAGUGAUAUUUUUCCACUUGGUCUCAUCUUUUACUUCAUUGUAACCAAUGGUUAUUAUGUAUUCAGGUCUCAGGUAGAUAUACAAAAUGGGAAUGCAGAUUUUACACAUGUUGUUAGUAACAGACCACUUUUAAACUUGCUGAGACACAUGUUAGCACCAAGACCAGAGCAAAGACCGUUUACCCAGGCUAUAAUGAAGCACCCUGCACUUUGGAGCUGUGAAAAAAUGCUGGACUUUUUUUAUAAUGCAAGUAACUUGUUGAUGGAUCGAUUAAUAUCCCUGGCUUGUACAAUAGAAAACAAUUCUGCCAAUGUUUUAUGCGGCGGAAACUGGCGUAGGCAUUUAACAUCUUUAAUUGAAAAUUAUUUAUUUUCCACAGCAGCUAUUCACAACCGCCGCAAUAGGAAUCAGAAUCAACCAAACUAUGACGAAACAUCUGUGAAGUCUUUAUUACGGGCUAUACGAAACAAUGACAUUAAAGGUCAUUAUAAUCAGUUGCAGCAAGGUGUUAGAACAGAGUUUGGAAACUAUCCGGAUGGUUAUUUACGAUACUGGACCAGCAAGUUCCCCGACCUGUUGAUGCAUGUUUAUUAUGAGAUGCAAGUUUAUAGAUCAGAUCCAUGUAUGCUUGCAUUUUACGAAUAACAGGUCUUUAAUUUAAGAAAGAUUAAAGGUUGUAUUUUAUUAAUUAGUAGGUGCAUGUAGAUCUAAGUUGUAUAUUUAAACCAUUGUUGCAACAGCGCUCAUGUAAUAGAGACAUAGAAAAAACAAAUGUAUAAACAUGUGCCGUAUUUACUGAUAAAAUAAAAAUAUGAAAAACAAAACGUGCAAAGUGUUUUGUAAAUAUAUAUACCUAGCUUGUAGAAAAAAACUUGUACAACAUUUGGUUAAAUCCAUUUGAAAACUCUGAGUGUGCAAAAAUAUGCUCAUUGUGGAAAGAAAAAAAACAACAACAAAAACUACACCGUGUACUUUUUAUAAAUGACAAGACAUUGAAAAAAACUUGUGUAGUGUUAUUAGAUUUUGUAUUCUAUUAAAGAGUCAUAAAGCAGAUAAAACUUACAAAAAAACAUUGUGCCUUGAAAAAAGUCAGAAAUGUGUCUGCGUGUAAGCUGGGACAAUUUGCAGUCACAUACAUCUGUUGCAUUAUUUGUUAUUUUUUGUUUUUAUGACUCCACUGUAAAUGCGGCUAGUCAUUGUAUAACAUAAACACAUUAUUUUUUUAAAAAUUAAGGUAUGAGGCCCCUUAUGGGCACUAUAAGGAACUAUAAAAUUGACAACAUCGGUCAGUUAUAUACCUUAAAAGACACAAGAAUGCAAAAUUUAAACAAGGUUUACCGUAUGGUUUACGAGUUAUGGAUAUUUUUCUUAAGUAAUAAUUUGCUAUUAGAAGGACUCUUUUUCAGAAAUGAGAAACUC